AUGAGUGAAGCGACGACUACUCUUUCGGUUUGAGACUACUGCUCCGAGGGCGAGUCUGCUUCCCAAAGGCUGGAUUCAAUCCUUGGAAGGAGAGAUACUAUGUACAGGAGACUGACAUACAACUUCCAAACCCCUUCGAUUCCCGCUGUGAUGUAGCACUGACUGAAUCUGAAUAUCAUAAACGUCCUCCUGCUAAGGUGCCUAUGCCUGGAAGUCUACAACCACAUAGCCAGAAGCAAGUUCCACGUCCAAUGGCAUCAAGUCUAGAUGCUACCUAUCCCAACAAGCUAGCUCGAGAAGCCAGCCGAGAAGAGGGGGGGACAGGCCAGCGAACUUGCGAAAGCAGUGACCACCAGCCUCUUCCUCUGACAGGAAAGCCGUUCCUAGCUGAGAUGAAAUUCAUGCCGGGUGCCGUUGGUGUUAGAAUUCCAUCUCAUAAUUCUCACGGUCCAAUUCUGUCUUUUGCCUCUCUAUCUUCCUCCCAGAGCACAGCUCGCAGACGGGCUUCCUCGGUGCUCCUGCCGAGAAAUCGACCCAGUUCAGGUCAAGGACAGCGAAUGGUUCCAGCUCACUCACCCUACCUACCUACCCACCCACACUUCCCGUUUCUGAUAAUAGAGUCGGCGGGCAGGUCAAGAACUUUUGACGUGCAUGAACUGCUUGCCGACUGUACUGCUUCAGAUAUGGAGACGGGCUGGUCAGAGAGCCAAAGUCUCUUUUGUCGCUUUUUACGAGACCAGGCUGAAGUGGAUCGUUUGUUUCUAGGUUUCGAGGCGGGAGUGGUGUUUAUGGCGAGUUUGAUGCUUUGCGGAUGAGAAGUUGUAGGUAUCAGGCAGACCUAGAGAUAGAGGAGGGGGGGGGCUGAGAACAGGAUCUUUUGUCGUUCCUAGGCGCCCCUUGUUU